GGCGCGCGUGGUGCACGCUGGGAAUCGUAGUUCGCGGUGCACGCCGGGAGGGAGCUGUCGUUGCUAGGGAAGAUGGCGGCCCCCCCGCAGCAGCAGCAGCCGCCGCCGGCCCCGUCUCAGGCCCCGCCGCCCGGGCCGCCGCUCACGCUCCAGGCGGGCCCGGGGCAGCAGCCCCAGCUGCAGGCCCAGGCGGCCGCGCAGGCCCAGGCCCAGGCCGCCGCCGCCGCCGCGCAGGCGCAGGAUUUCGACCCGGUGCAGCGCUACAAGAUGCUGAUCCCGCAGCUGAAGGAGAGUCUGCAGGUGGGGGCGGGGCCCGGGGAGGGGGCGGGGCCUGGGGAGGGGCGGGGCCCACCGCUGGAGAACCUGAUGAAAAUCGCAGCUCAGAAUCUCGUCCAGAACACGAACAUCGAUAACGGGCAGAAGAGCAACGAUGGGGUGGUGCAGCGUUUCGACAAGAGCCUGGAGGAGUUCUACGCCCUGUGCGACCAGCUGGAGCUGUGUCUGCGGCUUGCCUACGAAUGCCUGUCCCAGAGCUUCGACAGCACCAAGCAUUCCCCCAACCUGGUGCCGACGGCCACCAAACCCGAUGCGGUGCAGACCGAGAGCCUGCCCUACACCCAGUACCUGAGCAUGAUCAAAUCCCAGAUCUCCUGCGCCAAGGACAUCCACAACGCCCUGCUGGAGUGCUCCAACAAGAUCACCGGCAAGAUCCCCGCCCAAGGGGGGCCGUAGCCCGCGGCGCUGGCACAGUUGUUGCUCCUGCUCUGCGACCGGCGUGGUUUGAAGGAGACUUGGAUCGUUUCCAGGCCGGCGCUGUGUCAGACGGUGAAACUUUACAAACUUGCACCUGACCCACGGCCUGUCUCAUGUCCUCUGAAUUCCCUGCGUGGGUGGAUGGUCUCGUUUGUAUGGAGAGUGAAACAAAUGUUCCUGCUCUGCUUCUUCCUCCCCUCUCAUUCUCCUCUAACUCCCUCUGGUCUUACUCCUUCCUCCUGCCCGGGCGUGAUCCUCAGCUGUCGUCAGGCCUUCGCCGAGCUCACUGUUGCUACACUAGCCUAUGCCACCCGAUGUCUUGGCCCACGUACAUUCAGAACACAUUAGCCCUGCUAAAACUGACUCACCCAGCACGCGAUCUACUUGCUGGGUCUGCCGUGCCAGGGCCUAAGCACCCUCCACUCCCCUUUGACUUCAGGAGGGGUCGAGGAGACCCGAGAUUGUGCUGCUAAUGAAGUGAGGAGGAUCAGACAGAAUCUUUCUCUGCCAUCAAAUUAAAACUCCCCCCAACCCCAGGUGAAUGGGCUGGAUUGUAGCUUUCCAGGUUGGUGGGUGUAUUAUUUAUUCUUCUUACAGUUCAGAGAAAUGCCAUUGAGUUAAAACAACCCCAGGUGUUAAUUUCCUCCCGCCAACACACUGCCUUUACCCCACUGUAACCUUUCUGUCCUUUGAGACAUUUCUCUCCUGACCAGCAUGGAGCGAGAGGGGAGUUGGGCUCCGGCUCAUUUAAAGCUCAUUUAUGAUAACGCCUGUGAUCGUUUAAAAUGGAGGGCUGGACCGUGAUUCCAUUCACACCAACACAGAGCAGAAGUAAUGAACAGAAUUAUCUCUGCAUCAGACUGGCAUAAAACCUAGAGGAGAAUCCGUUCCAAAGAGUGAAUUAAAUCAAAACAACUUUGA